CAUCUGCUUCGCGGUUUUAACAUAUUCAGUUAAUCAGCGUAAUUGGCGAAUUUGAAUGGAACGAGGUAAGAUAGUGGCUGAAAGGUUGUUCCACACCGUCUCUACUUCAUUCAAUUUGGAAAAUGGCUAAAGAAUACAUGGACACCAUAACGGCGAAUACUGGUUUGAACUAUCAAUGACUAAAAACAUUAUCUUUAUCAAUUUUAUUUGAUUAGAAGAAAAAAUCGAGUUUUAACGGUGCGAUUAAACCAGUUGAAAAUGAAUGGAAUAGAAAAUAACGAACAUUAUAUGGUAAUAAUUGCAAGAGCAAUAGCAUGAUUUGUUUCUAUCGCAAGGUUUAUGCUAAUUAAUGCAGAACCGGUUCUAUACAUCUGCCUUCACUGCGCUACGGUGUAAAGUUAUUCCAGUUCGAACUGUCAUUGCGUGAGUUGAAUGGUGAAGUUUGAGGUUAUGUGCUCGUGUCACGCAGCGUUUGACAGUUCAACAGCAAACGACGCCUCCUGCAACUCAUAUCGAUUCAGUCAAAUGAAACACCGUCAUUAUUUGUGAGCGUCUCAAAACAUUAAAUUCCGUGUAAAUUAAGUGCUGCAAUCAAAUCCAUUGGGGUUUUGUUAUUCAUCCAUUUCGAUUGGAUACUUCAUCCUCAGAAAGUGACGAACAAUUUCUAGUGGUUGCCUGAAAAAUACAAUGGAGGAAAGCAUAGCCGAACAGUCACCGACAACGGUAUCGACGCGUAAGCGAAAGCGUCUUGACCCGAUGGAAAUGUGUCAACAGCUUUACGAUUCGUUGAGAGCCGUGAAAAAAUCGGACGGAACAAUGCUUUGUGACACAUUUGUACGUGCACCAAAACGGCGCCAAGAGCCAUCAUACUAUGAUGUAGUUGACAAUCCAAUUGAUUUGUUGCGAGUUCAACAAAAACUAAAAACCGAAAAUUAUGAGGAUGUCGAAGAGCUAACCACCGACUUGGAGUUGUUGGUGAAUAAUUCGAAAGCAUUUUACAAACCUGACUCCAGUGAAUAUCAAGACGCGUGCUUACUUUGGGACACAUAUCAACAGAAUAAGGUUAAAUUGAUCGAGUCGAAUGUUGGCGACGAUGAGCCAAACAGCAAGGUGAAGAAGAUCGGACGGCCAAGAAAGUCGGCACUCGACAACGACGAUGCAUCGGAAACAUCCUCAAAGGCAGCCGAUGAUGAUAUUGAAAAUUAUGAAGAACUAUUUGCGUCGGUUAUGACGGCAACCGACGACAACAGCCGCCCAUUGAAUUUGAUGUUCCAAUUGUUGCCUUCGAAACGUGAAUAUCCUGAUUACUAUGACAUCAUUGAGCAUCCAAUCGAUUUGAAAUUCAUUGCAACGAAAAUUCAAACCAACGCCUACAUUACACUGGCCGAUAUGGAGAAGGAUUUGCUGCAAAUGACAAAGAAUGCAUGCAUAUUCAAUGAACCCGGUUCACAGAUCUAUAAAGAUGCAAAAACAUUGAAGAAGAUUUUCAUAGCAAAGCGCGCUGACAUUGAGUCGGGAAAGUGCAAGCCACGUGAGAGUAAAACACGAAAACGUGGCCAGAGUCUGAGCGCAAUGGUUGCUGCCCUGAAGGAACCGGUUGAAGACUCUGAAGAUGAGAAUGACGAUAACAUGGAAACCGAAGGCGAUGGCCCACUCUGGCAACUCUUCGAUCAACUCUACAAUGCACCCAAUGCAUCAGAUCAUCCUAAUGCCUCAGGAGCACCGCUCGGCGAAUCGCUGUGGAAAUUGCCAAAUCGACGAUUCCACCCGGAAUACUAUUUCACCAUCACCAAACCGAUUUCCAUGGCGCAAAUUCGAAACAAAUUGAAAAAGGCUGAAUACGCGAAUAUCACUGAUCUAACGGCCGAUUUGUAUUUGAUGAUUGAUAAUGCUAAGAAAGCGUUCCCCGUCACGCAUAAGGUGCACCGUGAUGCGGUGAAAAUGCUGAAAAUUCUUAAUCAGAAACUGGUGGAUGUGUCAGGCGACGAGGACAGCGAUGACGACGAAGAAGAAUCGACCACAAACUCGUCAACUCAAUCUGUUACCAAGAAGAAACCAAAACCAAAGGUCACGUCAACAUCGCCAGCCACCUCAUCGAUAAAUGUUUCCACAAGUUCACCGAAUAUCAACACGGGCAACAGUCCAAAGUGUAAAUUCCCAAACAAUCCGAUGCUCAAGAAAAAACUGCUCAAUUUGCAGAAAUUCUUGUCCGAAUAUACGCUUGACGGAAGACGACCAAUGACUCUGUUCAUGGAAAAGCCAUCAAAGAGACAGUAUCCCGAUUACUAUGACAUUAUUCAACAUCCAAUCGAUAUGAUGACCAUUCGAUACAACAUUGAAGCCGAUAAAUAUGGCACUCUGGAUGAUGUGGUCGGUGAUUUUCGCCUAAUGUUCGCCAACUGUCGCAAAUACAACGAGGAAGGAUCGCAAAUCUAUGAAGAUGCGAAUAUUUUGGAGCGAGCGCUCAAUGAAAAGCUCAAAGAAUUCUCUGGAAUCAAUGAUCGUCGGCUAAUACCGAAAAUAAUCAAGGGCGGUCGCAAGCAAAUAUCGCCAAUGGACGAAAAACUGCGACAAUUGUACGAUGCAAUUCGGGAUUAUCGUGAACCGAAGGCAAAUCGACAGUUGGCAUUGAUAUUCAUGAAAUUGCCAUCGAAAAGCGAUUAUCCUGAUUACUAUGACAUCAUCAAAAAUCCGGUUGACAUGGAGAAAAUCGCUCAUAAGCUCAGGCAACAAUUCUACGACAACAUCGACGAGAUAGCGGCUGAUUUUAUGUUGAUGUUCGAGAAUGCGUGCAAAUACAACGAGCCCGAUUCGCAAAUCUACAAGGAUGCCUUGCUUUUGCAACAAAUUUGUAUUCAAACGAAGCAGCAGUUGCGGGACGGCGAUGAUUCGGUGCCAGAUGUGCAACAGGCUAUCCAAGAGUUGCUUUUGUCGUUGUUCACCACAUUUUAUAAUCAUCAAGAUGAAGAAGGUCGUUGCUUCUCCGAUUCACUCGCCGAACUGCCCGAAUACGAUGAAGUCGAUGGCGGAAAAACGCGUGCAAUUUCGUUGGAUUUGAUUAAGCGUCGUUUGGAUAAAGGAUUGUACAAACGAUUGGAUACAUUCCAAGAAGAUGUGUUCACCUGUUUGGAUCGGGCUCGCCGAUUAUCGCGUACUGAUUCGCAAAUCUUCGAAGAUUCCAUUGAGCUACAAUCAUUUUUCAUUCGGAAACGUGAUGAAGUGUGCAAGGAUUUACUCACAUCACCAGCUCUCAGCUACACUGCCAUGCAUUUGAGUGCAUCGGUCGAGGCGAUAAGACAAACCAAACUUUUGCAAGAGGAACAAGAACAAGAAACGGAAAAUGAUAUGUCAAUGCACGGUGAAAGCAUGACCCAUGAUCAAAAAGUCUACUCGCCAGGAGAUUUUGCAUACUACGAUGUUCCGGAGAAUAAACUUCCUGGUGUACUCUACAUCGAACGAUUGUGGACCAACCAAGAAGGUAUUCAAAUGAUGUACGGCAACGUUUUCCUUCGACCAUUCGAAACGUUUCAUGUGACUAGUCGCAAAUUCCUCGAACAAGAACUAUUCAAAAGCGAUCAGCAUGAGGCAAUGCCGUUGAAUCGUCUGGGAAAUAAAUGCUUUGUCAUGAGUGCCAAAGAUUAUUUCAAGCUAAAGCCCGAUGGAUAUACAGAUAAGGAUAUUUUUGUGUGUGAAUCUCGUUACUCCACCAAAUUGCGAGCAUUCAAAAAGAUUAAGAAUUGGCCAUUCAUGAACAACACACCAUUGGUCACACGUGAAACUCCGCUCGAACCGAAACGAGUCAUGUCCGUGUUUAAGGAACGCGUUGAAAAGCACAAGGGCGAAUUGGCCGAAUUGCAACUGCAGGAGGCACUCGUUGAAAAAGAUAAACCGAAUGUUUUGGCCCUAUCACCUGCCUCAUCAGAUGAUGGCAACAACUAUUACGAACAGUACAACAUCGUUGGAAAUGGCGUAAUCAAAAGUGGUGACUUUGUAUAUGUUGCAACCGAUACGGGAAAACAAUCGAUCGCCCAAGUUCAGAGCAUUUGGGAUACAAAAGAUGGAAAGUCAUACAUCAAAGGGCCAUGGCUGUUUUUGCCGCCAGAAAUACCCGGAACAGCAAAUCGAUUCUUCUAUCGUCAAGAAUUGAUGCUUUCUACAACGCAAGACAUCAGUCCGACAAUUGCCGUUGUUGGUCGCUGCUCCGUUUUGGAAUACAAUGAGUAUAUUUCAGUACGUCCGACGGAAAUCCCAGAGAGUGACGUUUAUGUGUGCGAAUCAACUUACGACGAAGGUAAGAAGCAAAUCCGAAAAAAUGUGCAAGGCCAAGGUCUACGAAAAUUCACACACAGCCAACUCGUCACACCGGACGAAAUGUAUCAUUUCAAAAACAAGAUCACACCAAUCAAGGUGAGUGCAACCGAAAUAGCUGCUUUGGAGCAGGUCAAAGUGAACAAUGAUCCAGAUGUGAAGACGGAGAAUACGGAUGUGCUUGGACUGAAUGAAGAUUCAAUUGAUGUGCCUGAUCUGCCGUCAACGAGUGCCGAAGUGGCACCAGUAAUUACGUCGUCGGUGACCACAAACCUAAGCACACCGGUAUCGACGAAAAAACCAAAAUACAAAGGAAAGCUUGUGACUGGUUACAUCGUUUAUUCGAGUGAAGUGCGCAAAGAUCGUGCGGCAAAUAAUCCGGAUUGUUCAUUCGGUGACAUUUCGCGUAUGGUUGGAAAUGAAUGGCGAAAUAUGACGGCACAAGAGAAGCAAUAUUGGGAAGAGAAGGCAUCUCGAUCGAACGAAGAGAGUGCUGCUAGAUACGCCGAAGAGCACGGUUGCUCGAGCCCAGUUCCGCAGCCACAAACGUUCCAAUCAUUCUUAACUGCUGAUCCGGUGCCAAAUCAAGUGUUUGAAUGUUGCUGGGACACUUGCGACUAUCAAUUCGAAGAUCCAAUCGAUUGUGUUGAACAUUGCAUCUCCGAAGGGCACGGCCAUGUGAGCACGUAUUACAAAGAGCCACCACGAUCAAAAACUGGCGAAAUCGACUACACUUGCAUGUGGCGUAAUUGCAUCCGUAAAAUCAAGAAGAAUAUCAUCCCAUUCACGCAUUUGCAGCGUUUGCUCAAGCACGUCCGCGAAGUGCACAUCAUCAAAUGUGGCCGAAUUGUGAUGCCACACGACAGAAGCAAGAAUUUCGUUCCAUCGAAGAAGAAUCAGCCAGCUUCUGCUCCUCAGACGCCAACCGUCUCAAAUUCAAUUCCUUCGCCAGCUACAAACAACUCAGCCCUUGCUUCGCCAGUUCAACAGCAGCAGCAGCAGCAACAACAACAACAACAAGUUCAAACCGUUCAAAUUUUAUCAGCACCCGCCGCUGAACCUCUGUUCGUGACUGUUCCGCCAAGACCCCAACGUGUUUUACAUUCAGAAGCCUAUAUCAAGUAUAUUGAAAGCCUACAAAGUGAAACGCGUUUCAUCACGCCAUGGGAAAAAACACUGAAGGCCACACGCGAAACAACACCAGCAGUCGAUCCAUCCAAAUUGCCAAUGCACUGGCUUGGACCAAAAUCACCGGAAAAAUCCGCUGAUGCCAUUGAUGAACUAUGGAAGCUACGAAGCUACAUGAUGAAGGAUAUUGUGACAAUAAUCGAUCCAUCGAACUAUUAGAUCAUUUGAUUUCUUUUCCACAUUUAAUUCUUUUCAAAUGCUUUGACAUAUUUUUUUUCACCAUUUUUACACAUUUUUACGAAUUACUACGUUAGUAGUAUCAAACUGUUCAAUGGUUCGUCCUGAACCACACAUUUUUUCUCAAUUUUUUUGAAUCUUUUUUGUUGACAAUUUUGUAGGAAAGAAUAUUCAAUAAAAUAAAGCCUUGUCACAACAAUCAA